AUGGACACUCCUUAUGCCUUCGUAACCCUUGUCACCUCGGACCAUUAUCUACCUGGCGCUCUCGCUGUCGCCGCUGCUCUCAAGGAUCUUCACCCGUCUCCUCCCGUUCCUCCCGAAGUUCCUUUCCAAACCGUAUGUCUGGUCACUCCGGAGAGCGUAGACGUGUCAACUAUCAAGCUCCUAAGGAGAGCAUUUGAUAUUGUCAUUGGCGUGGAAAUUAUUGAGCAAGAAGAUGGAAGGGGAUUGCAGCUACUGGGUCGUCCGGACCUUAACCUCGUUCUGACCAAACUGCACAUCUUCCGACUCACGCAAUAUGCCAAAAUCAUCUUCUUGGAUGCAGACGUCCUACCUGUACGACCCAUGUCUCAUCUGUUUACGACUCCCCACGACUUCGCCGCUGUUCCGGACGUCGGGUGGCCUGACAUAUUUAACUCCGGAGUCCUAGUCUUUGCGCCCGGGGAAGAGAAGUUCAAGGAGCUUCUGGAACUUCUCAAGUCCAAAGGCUCAUGGGACGGAGGCGAUCAGGGUAUCCUCAAUGAGUGGAGAGGCGACAACUGGCACAGGCUCAGUUUUACGUAUAAUACUACCCCUACCGCUGUUUACACAUACGCCCCCGCGUACGAGCGGUUUGGGUCUCAGAUAUCCGCCAUACACUUCAUUGGACCAAAUAAGCCUUGGGUCUCUAUCACCUACAGGCCUCCUGGGGUCAAGUAUUCCGCGCUGACUGACAAGAAUCUGAACACGCAACAGCAGUCAUACGACUACGACUCCUUGGUGGACCGCUGGUUUGACGUGUACGACAGACAUUAUCGUUCCGACCUCGACCCCACCUAUGCAAAUUUCGAGUUCACACACUACGACUCUGUCUGGGACGCCGGGACCAGCUAUGGUGCUGAUAUCGCGCGUCCUGCUUCCGUACCGCCCAGCGGGGCUGCGCUCGGUCUCGAUGACUUGCGCAAGAUCGCUGUGGAGGGUAUGAGCAGUUACAGUGCUGCUGCCCAGCCACGACCAAAAGUGGGGGAGUACCGGUCGAUGCCGCUGGACGGGCGUGUGGACUUGAUGCGUCCCCGGAAGGAGCCGCCGCCCUCCAAGGAGGAACAGAAGGAGCAAGGUUCUCGGGACCAGUCUGCCGAUCAGAAUUUGACUCCCAAGCAAGCGUUCAUCGUCCUCCAAGGUGGCGAAGUUCCGAGAAUGGAGCCUCUGCCGACGCCCCUUCCCCAUGAACUUCCUCCAGCGCCGUACCAUCAGCCACUGGACUUGCCCUCGUCUGGACCGUCCACCCCUUAUCAGCCAGAUAUGUCGAUUGCGGGUCAGCAAUACUUCCCCCAGCAGCCCACAGGUUCGUACUUUCCGUCGGAGGCUGGCCUUGUGCACUCGCGAGUUAAUGUUAACGCGUCACCGCUAGGAAUGCGCUUCCUCGCACCGAAUACCUCUUAUUACCUCGAAAGCGAACAGUCUGAUGACCAAGCUCCUCCCGUGGUGGCUUUGCAACCGUCCUGGAAAGCAGCGGAGUCCCAGCGCACACGUCCCGCAUCCCCGCACAUUGAGCGUCACCAACGCAGGGACUCCACUCUCGCUCGUCAUGGACAUUUGUCUCCUCGCGGUCCCGGUAAUCACACUCCCCGCGGGGUUCAAUCGCCUCGGGGCGUUCAGUCACCCAGAGGGCAACAUUCACCUACUCAGUCCCGCCAUUCCCCUCCCCCUGCAGUACAUCGGGACUUCGAGCAGAGUCAUCAUCCUCCUCCCCACCAACAUAUUCCCCACCAACAUCAUCACCAGCACGAACCUCAUCAUCAUCAGCAUAAUCAACAUCAUCAGCAUCACCAGCAUUCGCCCGUAUCUGUCACGCAAGAGCAACAACAGACACGGGCCCCGCGGCCUGCAUCUCCUCCGAAGCUAGAAUGGAAUCCUGCGAUCGAGCCUCCGCCUAAGACGCCGCCUCCACCAUCUGCCUUUCCGCCGGAUACAUAUUUCCCCAACAUCUGGGAUCAAGGACCGAGUCGUGAACAGGAUGCUUCGUUCCAAGCCUUCCCGGCACAUCUACCUGGUCCUAUAUCUGAAACCUUCUUCCACCCCCCUCCACCUUCUGAGAUCCCAGAGCAACUCCUCCGUGAUGGCCAGUAUGAGAAUGUGAUCGGACGCAUCUCUGACGCUCCCGGGGAAUCUCAUCCUUCCCCUCCCGCUCCUGACCGCACAAAGGUGCACGCUGUCUUCCCUUGGGAGGAAAAGCCGAGACAUGCGCCCCGUCGCGUCUUUCCUGCUUCGGAGUCUCCGCCCCCUGUCGCCAACUUCAUUGAGGAGCCAGCACCAAUUAUCAAGCCGAUCCCGAAACACGCACCUAGUUCACAGCGGCCUCAUAGCACUGCCCCGCCUAUCGCUCUUCCGUUCAGCCUAACCUACUCGAAUGCCUGGGAUACGGUACCGAGCAUUCAGAAGUACGCAACGAAGCUUGUGCGUCCGCAUCAUUCCGUUUUCCAGCCGCCACCUCCGGACCACGACGAGAGCUGGCGCAAAUGGGACGAAGAGCGUGAGCGCGAGUACCAGGACCGGCAGGAUGCAAGCAGCAUGGAUGGCGACGACGAAGACGAAGGUGAAGAGGACGAAGACGGUGGCCAACCUGCGCGUUUGGAUAGCGACGGCGGCAAAGAACGCAAUCAGUCUCGGCGCUCACGCGCAGGCAGCAACGCGUCCUUGACGGCCGGAAAGGGCAAGAAGUAUCGCACGAGAGGUGUGCAGACGAUUCCUAUUGAAACGCGCAGCAUGGGCGUGCAGGUUAACGUCUCGGCAGACGAAAACGACGCAGGUCGCAAGGGCAAGAGGAGUCCCAGAACAAGUCGCAGUGCCGGUGUGGGAUCAGGACUGUGGGCGACGUCGCCUACUUCACCGGCAGUCGGUUCGCUCCUCCCUGGGAUCACGCUGAAGGUAGAUCCGGAUCAGAUGGCAGUCGGAACGCCUACCGUGACUCAGCCGCCGCACUCCUCCCUCCUGCUUUUCCCAAGCAAGGCGUCGCCCACGGGACUCAGGUCGCCUCAGACGCUCGGAUCUCCGCGCACGUACUCUCCGCCGGAGGUCAUGAGCCCCAAGCGGGCUCCCUCGCCACCGCGGACUGCUGCGUCAAAGCCCCUUCUUUCCCCAAAAACUUCCUCUCCUCGAAGGCCAUCUUCGCCGAGGACGUCCAUGACUCCCCGCCGACUGUCUGGUUCGCAGAUACCGACGAGCAAACUGGCUGGUUCUCCGCAGACGCCGGGCUCGCCUGCCAUCGGUCCGUCUACGAGCUCUUCCCCUCGUCAGUCCCCUGUGCUGUCCAAGCUCUCCUCACCGCCGCUCCAUCGCAUGUCCUCGAAUGACACUUCGCUCACCUCUUCGCCAUCCACCACAGGUCCCGUUGAGACGCCCGAGGGUACGCCGGUUCUGGGUCCCCAAAGUCUCCAGCCUCGCAAAAGCGGCCGUGUUUGGGACCCCGCCCGCGGUGUGGACGUAUUCAAGCGUUCAUCCGAGGAGGUCCUUGCCCGAUUCUUACGAUCGGGUUCCUUCGACGAGGAAGAUGGCCAGAGACGUCACGUGUAG